AUGCAGGUUCGGGCGUGGCACAACGUGCCCAAGGCUGAGCAGCGGCUUCGGUUCUGGACCGAGCCUGAGGUGGAGGUGGACCUGGCGGCGCAAGCAGGCGUGGAGGCCUUCCGCAUGGGCGUUGACUGGGGGAGGAUUGUUCUGCGCGAGCCACAGGGAGGCAAGAUGGAGGUGAGGGGGGUGGAGGUGAGGGGCCGUCUCCCAUCGCUUGUCCCUCCUCUCUCUCUCCUUUCUCCCUCUCCCUCUUCUCCACGGCAGCUCGACCAAGCAGCAGUGGCGCGCUACAAGGAGAUCGUGGCGCUGAUCGUCCAAGCAGGAGUGGCGCGCUACAAGAACAUCAUGGCGCUGGUGCGGGCGAGAGGGAUUGAGAUACCCUCAAAUUCUUUUUCCCCUUCUCCCUUCUUGCUCAUGUCUCCUCUCUCCCUGCUUCUCCCUCACCCGUCACCCCACAUGUCAACAGAUCGACCACACAGCAGCGGCGCGCUACAAGAAAGUAAUGGCGCUGGUUCGGGCGAGGGGCAUUUGAGACGGCCGCAAACCUUUAUCGACCACGCGGCAGUGGCGCGCUACAAGGAGAUCAUGGCGCUGGUGCGGGCGAGGGGCAUGCGCGUGAUGCUGACGCUCUUCCACCACUCGCUGCCCUCCUGGGCCGAGCCCAUUGGCGGCUGGACUAAUGCAUCUCUCAUUAACCACUUUGACUCCUGGACCCUGCUGGCAGUGCGCGAGUUUGGCCCCCUUGUGGACUACUGGGUGACGUUCAACGAGCCGCACCUGUUUGUCAUUCUCACCUACUGCAUGGGCGUGUGGCCGCCCGGCAAGGCCCCCUCGCUGCUGCAAUCGGCACUCUGCAUGUCGCCCGUGGGGCAGUACAGCCAAGCCAUGCAACACAUCGGGGAGGCUCACAUUGCUGCCUUCAAGACCAUCAAGAAGGGGAGCACGGCACCAGUGGGAGUGGCGGCCAACACGGCGUUCAUGACACCAUACAGCGCUCUGGACGUGGUGGUGCCACUGUACAUCGACUGGAUGACACUCUUCCCCUGGGUCGACCACAUCCAGCACCACCUUGACUUCUGCGGCCUCAACUACUACGGCCAGGAGUUCAUGUCAACAGCAGGCCUGCAGAGCGUAGAGGAGGAGGAGUUCUCCGAAGCAGGCAGGGCAGUCUACCCCGACGGCUUCUACCGCAUCCUCAUGGCUUUCCACCGCCGCUACUCGCCGCACCACCCCAAGCUGCGCUUCAUUGUCACUGAGAAUGGCUUUGCUGACACUGAGGACAACAUUCGCCGCCCGUAUCUGAUUGAGCACCUGCUGGCACUGAAUGCGGCUAUCAAGGAGGGCAUGCCCAUAGAUGCGUAUUUCCACUGGACCAUCAGCGACAACUGGGAGUGGGCGGACGGCUAUUGCCCCAAGUUUGGCCUGGCAGGCGUUGACAGGGCGUCCCCAAACCUCACGCGCGUGCUGCGCCCCUCCUACGGGCUCUUCAAGGAGAUCGUGGAGUCACGGCGUGUGACGGUGCAGCAGCGGGAGGAGGAGUGGGGGCAGCUGCAGCAGCGGGCGCAGCGGGGCGAGCAGCGCUCCUACUGCCGCGCUGUUGAGCCCUCUGGUCGCAUGGGCGCUGGUGAGCGUGGGGGGGGUGCAUGCAUGUUGGUGUUUGGAUGUAUGGUGGGGCGCGUCGUGAGAUGGAUGGUGGCAUGGUGGCAUGUGUUGUGGGAUGGUGGCAUGGUGGCAAGUGUUGUGGCAUGCAUGUUGGUGAAUGGACAAGAACCCUGUGGCAGCAUGGCUGCUGGUGAGCGCUGUGGUGGUGGUGCGGCAUGUCUGAUUUCUCCCCUCCCUCACCUCUCAUCUACUACUCUCUCUCUCCCCCUUGACUUUUGGGUCAACUCCCUUGACUCAAUCACAACACGGGUGAUAGCCACCAAAGAUGGCGAGUACAGACGCCCCAAGGCCGUCUCAGUCGACCAAAGAUUCAUCCUCUUCCUCUCACCCGCUCAUCUACUACCAUCUGCUUCCCUCCCUCCCCCCCCCGCUCCUCCAGACUCCCUUGACUCACCCACAACGCGAGUCGUUGCCACAAAGGACUGGCGCUAUGGCGAGUACAGGCGCCCCAAGGCCGCUGUGAUGGUGAAACGUACGGCAAGGAUUUUCCGCAUCUGGCUGGAGGACCUGCUGCUUGCCGCCCAGCAGGCUGCAGAUGCUGCCAACUCCCUCCUGUGCCGCCUCAUGCACGGCCCUCACCACCAGCAGCACCAGCACCACCAGCACCAGCAGCAGCAGCAGCAUCAGCACCAGAAGAACCAGCAGCAGCAACAGCAGCAGCAGGCUGUGGAGCAGCAGCAUGCAUGGGAGGAGGUGGAAGCAGACAUUGAGAUACCACCGGUAGUUGCUGCUGCUGCUGCUGCUGCUGCUGGUGCUGGUGUGGGUGCUGCUUCAGCAGACAAGGAUGAGCUGUAG